GCGCUCCGGGCCGCGUGCGGUGCGGGGGGUGUCUCCGCCGGGGCCGCCCCGGCUCUGGCCCCGGCUCAUGGCUGGAUUGUGGAAACUGCGCCCGGCUGCAGGUUGUUGAGCGGCUGAUGGGACCUCUCCGGGACUGGCGGCCACGAAAGAUAUUAAUUCACGAAAUUGGAGGGAAAAACAUGGAUUUCUAGUAAUUGAAGAACAAAUUAAGGUUUCAGAUUUGAGAUAUUGGUGUUUCUGUUUUUGAAGAACUUUUUGUUUUCUAUUUUGAGUCUUUUUUACAAAGAAAUCCUUGGAGUACAGAAGCGGAACCAGCGUGACACUUAAUUUGGGCCACAUUGGAAAUACUCAUUUGUGAGGAGCUCGCAAGCCUGACUGCACAGCCAUGAGGUCAUCACAGCUCCUAAUUUUCAUGAUGCUCUUGGCACCAGUAGUUCAUGGUGGCAAGCACAGUGAGCGACGUCCGGCCCUCGCUGCUCCCCUGCGACACGCCGAGCGCAGCCCUGGAGGAGGCGCUGUCCCGCCCAGACAUCUCCUGCAGCAGCCGGCUGCCGAGCGCGCCACUGCCCACCGCGGACAAGGGCCCCGAGGAGGAGCCGCCAGAGGAGUUCGUGCCCAAGGAGCGCAGAUUGCAGCCCAAGCUUUCAGCCGCGCCCCGAUUCCCAUGGCCGUGGUGCGCAGAGAGCUCUCUUGUGAGAGCUACCCCAUCGAGCUCCGCUGCCCAGGAACCGACGUCAUCAUGAUCGAGAGUGCCAACUAUGGGAGGACUGAUGACAAAAUCUGUGACUCGGACCCUGCUCAGAUGGAGAACAUCCGGUGUUACCUGCCAGACGCCUAUAAGAUUAUGUCUCAAAGAUGCAAUAACAGAACCCAGUGUGCAGUGGUCGCAGGUCCUGAUGUUUUCCCAGACCCGUGCCCAGGAACCUAUAAAUACCUUGAAGUGCAGUAUGAAUGUGUCCCUUACAUUUUUCUUUGUCCUGGACUACUAAAAGGAGUGUACCAGAGUGAACAUUUGUUUGAGUCCGACCACCAGUCUGGGGCAUGGUGCAAAGACCCUUUGCAGGCUUCUGACAAGAUUUAUUACAUGCCCUGGACACCCUACAGAACCGACACCCUCACUGAGUACUCAUCCAAGGAUGAUUUCAUCGCUGGGAGACCAACGACAACCUACAAACUCCCUCAUAGGGUGGAUGGCACAGGAUUUGUAGUGUACGAUGGAGCUUUGUUCUUCAACAAGGAGCGCACCAGAAACAUUGUAAAGUUUGACUUGCGGACUAGGAUCAAGAGUGGAGAGGCUAUCAUAGCCAAUGCCAAUUACCACGAUACCUCCCCUUACCGAUGGGGAGGCAAAUCUGACAUAGACCUCGCAGUGGACGAGAAUGGGCUAUGGGUGAUCUAUGCAACAGAACAAAACAAUGGCAGAAUUGUCAUUAGUCAGUUGAACCCUUACACCCUACGGAUUGAAGGGACAUGGGAUACUGCAUAUGAUAAGAGAUCAGCUUCCAAUGCCUUUAUGAUUUGUGGAAUUCUGUACGUGGUCAAAUCUGUAUAUGAGGAUGAUGACAAUGAGGCCACCGGAAAUAAGAUUGACUACAUUUACAACACCGACCAGAGCAAGGAUAGCUUGGUGGAUGUGCCCUUCCCCAAUUCAUACCAGUACAUAGCCGCUGUGGAUUACAAUCCCAGGGACAACCUACUUUAUGUGUGGAAUAACUACCACGUCGUGAAAUACUCUUUGGAUUUUGGACCCCUGGAUAGUAGAUCAGGGCAGGCGCAUCACGGGCAGGUGUCAUACAUUUCUCCACCAAUUCACCUCGACUCUGAGCUGGAAAGACCCCCUGUUAGAGGAAUCUCUACCACGGGACCCCUGGGCAUGGGCAGCACGACCACCAGUACCACGCUCCGAACCACAACGUGGAACCAGGGCAGGAGCACCACGCCAUCCGUGCCCGGCAGGAGGAACCGGAGCACCAGCACCCCCUCUCCAGCUGUCGAGGUGCUGGAUGACGUCACCACACACCUUCCAUCGGCAUCGUCCCAAAUGCCAGCUCUGGAAGAGAGCUGCGAGGCUGUGGAAGCCCGAGAGAUCAUGUGGUUUAAGACCCGCCAAGGACAGACAGCCAAGCAGCCGUGCCCUGCGGGGACUAUUGGUGUGUCCACUUAUCUAUGCCUUGCUCCUGAUGGGAUCUGGGAUCCCCAAGGUCCUGACCUCAGCAACUGUUCUUCUCCUUGGGUCAACCAUAUCACACAGAAGUUGAAAUCUGGAGAGACAGCUGCCAACAUUGCCAGAGAGCUGGCUGAACAGACAAGAAAUCAUUUGAAUGCUGGGGACAUCACCUACUCAGUGCGUGCCAUGGACCAACUGGUAGGCCUCCUCGAUGUGCAACUCAGGAACUUGACCCCAGGUGGAAAAGACAGUGCUGCCCGCAGUUUGAACAAGCUUCAGAAAAGGGAACGCUCUUGCAGAGCCUAUGUCCAGGCUAUGGUCGAGACAGUUAACAACCUCCUCCAGCCACAAGCUUUGAAUGCAUGGAGAGACCUGACUGCAAGUGAUCAACUGCGCGCGGCCACCAUGUUGCUUGACACCGUGGAGGAAAGUGCUUUUGUGCUGGCUGAUAACCUUUUGAAGACUGACAUUGUCAGGGAGAACACAGACAAUAUUCAAUUAGAAGUUGCAAGACUGAGCACAGAAGGAAACUUAGAAGACCUGAAGUUUCCGGAAAGCAUGGGUCAUGGCAGCACCAUCCAGCUUUCUGCAAAUACUCUGAAGCAGAACGGCCGGAACGGAGAGAUCAGAGUGGCCUUUGUUUUAUAUAAUAACUUGGGUCCUUAUCUGUCUACGGAGAAUGCCAGCAUGAAGUUGGGAACAGAAGCUAUGUCCACAAAUCAUUCUGUUAUCGUCAAUUCCCCUGUUAUUACAGCAGCAAUAAACAAAGAGUUCAGUAAUAAGGUUUAUUUGGCUGAUCCCGUGGUAUUUACUGUUAAACAUAUCAAGCAGUCAGAGGAAAAUUUCAAUCCUAAUUGUUCAUUUUGGAGCUACUCCAAGCGCACAAUGACAGGCUAUUGGUCAACACAAGGCUGUCGGCUCCUGACCACCAAUAAGACACAUACCACAUGCUCCUGUAACCACUUGACCAAUUUUGCAGUAUUGAUGGCACAUGUGGAAGUUAAGCACAGUGAUGCAGUUCAUGACCUUCUUCUGGAUGUGAUCACGUGGGUUGGAAUUUUGCUGUCCCUUGUUUGUCUCCUGAUUUGCAUCUUCACAUUUUGCUUUUUCCGCGGGCUCCAGAGUGACCGUAACACCAUCCACAAGAACCUCUGCAUUAGCCUCUUUGUAGCAGAGCUGCUCUUCCUGAUUGGAAUUAACCGGACUGACCAACCAAUUGCCUGUGCUGUGUUUGCUGCACUCUUACACUUCUUCUUUUUGGCUGCCUUCACCUGGAUGUUUCUGGAAGGAGUGCAGCUCUACAUCAUGCUGGUGGAGGUUUUCGAGAGCGAGCAUUCUCGGCGGAAAUACUUUUACCUGGUCGGCUAUGGCAUGCCCGCUCUCAUCGUGGCUGUGUCUGCAGCCGUAGACUACAGGAGCUAUGGAACAGAUAAAGUAUGUUGGCUCCGACUUGACACCUACUUCAUUUGGAGUUUUAUAGGACCCGCGACCUUGAUAAUUAUGCUUAAUGUGAUCUUCCUUGGGAUUGCUUUGUAUAAAAUGUUUCAUCAUACUGCCAUACUGAAGCCUGAAUCUGGCUGUCUUGAUAAUAUCAACUAUGAGGAUAACAGACCCUUCAUCAAGUCAUGGGUUAUAGGUGCGAUAGCUCUUCUCUGCCUAUUAGGAUUGACCUGGGCCUUUGGACUCAUGUAUAUUAACGAAAGCACAGUCAUCAUGGCGUAUCUCUUCACCAUUUUCAAUUCUCUACAGGGAAUGUUUAUAUUCAUUUUCCAUUGUGUCCUACAGAAGAAGGUACGAAAAGAGUAUGGGAAAUGCCUUCGAACACAUUGCUGUAGUGGCAAAAGUACAGAGAGUUCCAUCGGCUCAGGGAAAACAUCUGGUUCUCGAACUCCUGGACGUUAUUCCACAGGCUCACAGAGCCGAAUUCGCAGAAUGUGGAAUGACACGGUUCGAAAGCAGUCAGAGUCGUCCUUUAUCACCGGAGACAUAAACAGUUCAGCGUCACUCAACAGAGUUUGGCAGUUGCAAACUUCCUAGUGCACUGGUCACACUGCAAUUGUAACCAACCAGUUGGCUUAUUGGGUGUGCACCAGGUUACCUAUCAACUCUGCAACUGGACAACCUUGAAGAGGGACCACAGCCACAGAAGACAAAUGGACUUCAUUGGAAAUAUAGGAUUCUUCUGCUCCAUUACAGAACAAUACCUGGACCCACGUAAAGACCCUAGUUCAAGAGCAGUAUAGUAAAACCCAGCCAUGAUUGGGGUAUUCUGUGUGAGACGGUUUUGGGUUACAGCCCUUUUCAUUAUAUUUGGUGUUGUAUGAUCAUUCAUAGUUUGUUACUAUAGCUUAUGUUGUUGCUUUGUAACUCGAUUGCCAUGUUCCACACUCCUCACACAGGUGACCCUCCCAGAGGAUACCAUAUGUGUGGAUUUUGAGUCAUGGAACCCAUCCUGAAGAGGUGGAGUGUCAGAAACCUGACUUCAGUCAGGCUCCCUCACUGUCAAGGCCACUAACCUACAGGCUCAGAAGCAGAUUCAUUUUCUGCUAGUCAACAGCCCCAAAGUCUAAUAAAAUUUUGCAAUGUCAGUGGGUCUAGAAGGCUGACACAUUCUCUGCCCUGUACCUUCUUGGCUACUGGUCACUGUUGUCUACAAGCAUUUAUAAGAAACUGAGGGAAAGGCCGAGCACUGGUUCCCCUUGCAUGCUCACUCACUGCCCUGAGCAUAGUGGGUUGACUGUGUAUACUCACCUGCUGCUGUGAGAAUAAAGAGGCAUGAGUCUCCAGAAGGCUCCAUAAUUGCUCUUUGGCUAAUUUGAAUCUAGCCCUGUUCUUCCUGGAACUGAGUUUUGCUUUGUCAUCCAGGUGUAUAUUUUCUUUUUGAGUGGUUUUGGAAGCUCCAAUAUGAUGCACCUAGAACCAUCUUUGCAGAAUUUUCAAGAAGAAGGGUAUGUGGAUUCUUACUAUUGAUAGAUGGUAAGUACAGUGAAUAAGUCUUUAUUGAGGAACGUUCCUCAUACAGAGCAUGUAAGAAUUUAUUUCCCUAUACAACGGCUAACAUUAGAUAUUCUUGUGAUUUUUCAUUUUUGUCAGUCUAACAAGUAAACAACUACAUCAGUGUUGUGUGUUGCCUUUCAUAAUUCAGUUUAAAAAGGAAAAGGUAAUUUGGGAGGGUUUUUAAUGGAUGAGGUAGGCAAUCAUGUAUAUUUUCUUAUAAGUUAGUGGUUUACAUCCUUUGAGUAGAUUUCUAACAGGUUGGUCUGGAGAAUUUUAAUAUAAGAAUUUAUUAGUCAUAAGUAUUCUAUGACUAUGUUUUCUGUUAGUAAACAUCCUAUUAUUUAAACAUUCUAUUUUUAGUAUAUGUGCUGCCAAAGAGAACACUUAAACAUUCUGCUGUACAAAUAUUUCUUCAACACUAAAAAAAUUGAAGUCUCAGACAUCACUUUUAAAUUAUCAUAUUAUCCUGGGAUUGACUGGUGUAAUUCAAUUCUGAUUCAUUGAAUUGUCCAUUCUUUUUAUAUUAAAAUCCACUUAAAAUUG